AUGCUGCAAUGGUUGCGGGAACAAGGAUGCCCUUUGAAUGAGAGUGUGUGUUCGUUUGCUGCCAAAAAUGGCCAUCUGGAGACCCUCAAGUGGGCUCGAGCAAAUGGAUGCCCAUGGAGUAGUUCUACCCUCUGGUGUGCUGCUGCAGGGGGGCAUUUGGAAACCCUCCAGUGGGCUCAUGAAAAUGGAUGCCCAUGGAGUUUGGUGGUAUCCCGUGAUGUAGUAGCAGGUGGCCAUUUUGAACUGCUGAAAUGGGCCCAUAACCACGGCUGUCCAUGGGAUGCAUCGACCAUCUAUGAAAUUGCUAUACAUGGCAAUUUGAAAAUGCUAGAGUGGGCUCAGCAAAGGGGAUGUCCAUGGCAUGUGUAUGCAAAGAGGCAGCUCGACAUGGGCAACUGGAAGUCGUGCAGUGGGCGCAUGAGAAUGGGUGUCCAUAGGAUAGAAGAACUUGCCAAUCUGCUGCUAGAGGGGGGGCAUUUGGGAAUUCUUCAAUGGGCAUAUGAGAAUGGAUGCCCCUGGGAUGAAACAACUUGUGCAGCUGCAGCUCGUGGAGGCCACUUUGAAAUUCUAAAAUGGGCUCACCAGAAUGGCUGCCCGUGGGAUACCUUUACAGUCCAUGAUGCAAAUGCAGGUGGCCAUUUGGAAAUCGUCCGUUGGGCUCGUCAGAAUGGAUGCCCAGAAGGGGUGGUAGACACAGAUGACGUUUCCGACAGUAGCGUUAGCGAAGAUCAGAAAAUGUAUAGCGAUCUGUCGAUUAGCUGGUUGCUCGUUCUUCGUACGGUAGAGUCGAGUCGAGUCGAGUCCUCGGUCUGUUGCUUGCCUUGGCCACGGAAAAACGUUGCUUUGGCCAUGGAAAAUCGAGGAUCGUUUCGAUGGACGGAAAAAGGGCGACUGCACCAUAACAAAAGUCGCGUACUCAAGGAAGCUGCAGCACGCUGUCGAAUUAGAAAGUGUACGCCUUGA